CUGAAAACGGCUAGGCGCCGGGUUAGUCCGUCCGUUAAAAACUUAUGUGUUUGUUUACUUGCUGAAGUUUGAUGGACCUUUAAAUUAUUAAUUUUACUAAAAAACCAUGGAGUCGCCAGGUGACAAAGCCGUAAUUGCCGUGCGGAGUAGACCUUUGUUCGCUCAAGAAAUCGCCAGGAAUUGUGCUAGUGUGCUGAAUUUUCCAGACGAAGACAAAAAUAUCGUAAUAUUGGGAAAACAUGGAUUUGAAUUCGACAAAAUAUUUUGCGGAUCCGCGCAAGAAGAAGUGUUCGAAAUCGUGCGGCCAAUCCUCAAACAAGUGUGGGCCGGCUACUCAGCCACUGUUAUGGCCUAUGGCCAGACAGGCGCAGGAAAGACUUAUACUAUGGGCACAGGACGUGGAAAAUUCAGCUUGGAUGGUGAGGGUGUCGUGCCAAGGACUGUACGUGAGCUAUUCGUGCUGAACGCAGAGCAGGGUGCAGAAAUUUUUGUUUCCUUCAUGGAAGUGUACAAUGAAGGUGUUUAUGACUUGCUGUCUGCUUUCCCUACUAGGAAAAUUCAAGCCAGAGCCUUCAGAGAUCUGGGGCUACACGAAGUCCACGUUGAGUCCGUGGAGGAUGCGUUAAAGAGGCUUGAAGAGGGGAUCGAAGCGCGUCGAGUGAGUGAAACUCAGGGCAAUGAGAAGUCCUCCAGAUCGCACGCAAUCUUCAGCAUUCAUAUUCACAAAUUCAGCAAAGAGGAUGAGACAGAAACUAGAUCACUAGUUCACUUGGUUGACCUGGCCGGUUCUGAGGCUGUCGGCAAAGCAGGAAACCAAGGGUCCCUGAAGUUGGAGGGCAUCAGCAUCAACCAGGGCCUGCUGGCGCUGAGCAACUGCAUCCGAGCCGUGAUUCAGAAGAGCCAGCACAUUCCUGUACGGAACACCGCCCUCACCAACGUUCUGCAAGACGCGCUCAAGGGCAAGUGCAUGCUGGCAUUGAUUGCGUGCGUUUCGCCGUCAAGCAAAGAUGAGACGGAGACAAUACAGACACUGCGCUUUGCCCAGGCGUUCCACAAGAUCAAGUCGAAGCCGCACAUCCAGAAAAUCGUAGCUCAGCAUCAGCACGCCAAGAAUCACAACAAAAGGACUCUAGGCCUUGUAACGCCCAAAGGUCUGAGAAAGCCUUUCGCCUCUAUUGGAAACAACUUUGCUCUCCAAUUUCCCAACGUUACGUCGAAUUAUCAAUUUGUUACAAGACGCGCCACCGUUGUUUCUCCCACGGAAUUUGAACAUUCCUCGUGCUCCAGUACCAGUAGAGGAAAUGUGUCUCCCGUGUCAAACAUGUCUUCGGCCAGCAUAUUUUCACAUUUCUCGGAACACGAACUCAAUGAAUAUAUGUCGAACAUAAUUGUCGAGAAAAUAGCAGCACUUAAAAAGGAGACGGAAGCUCUCGUAGACAAGAGGAUUGAAGAUGCGUUGAAAAAUAUUGGACCACAGCCUGCUAUAUCAGCAGAAAAUGAUUCGGCCAACCUAGAUUCAACAGUUGUUACCGUCAGCAAUGAAGCUUUUGGUGGGAGCUCCACUCCAAAAAGAAACAAAAUGAGCAACAGCUGCCAAACAUCUCCUCAAGAAGAUGUGGAUGCGAACAAAAGCACAGUGUUUGUCACAGAUUUGGUGCCAAUCACUCCAUACGUCGACCACAAAGCCAUCUGUCACAGCCCCACUCCUGAGAAGAGAGAGGAGCCGCCAAGAAAGUUGCGUCGGUCAGUGCGACUAAGCUGCAUGGAACUGCCCGUAUUCCUUCGCAGCCAGUCUUUAGAACAAGAGAGCCACGUGGACAGGCGAAAACUGCGGAGGUCACUCAGACUGAGCUGCAUGGAUCUUCCAGACUUCCUCAGAACCAAGGAUGGGGAGGAUUCUAAGCUGAGACGCUCCUCCAGACGAAGUUGCGCGCCAAAAUUGGAAGAUUUUGCCGCUGACGAGGUGCCUGCCAAGAGAGCAAGGUACUCAGUGGGUGGAAUGUCAGGAUUGAGACGUCCCAGGAGAUCCACUCGGCUGAGCACUCUCAAUAUACCGGCAUCAGAAGUUCCAGCACCGACUGAGCUCCAACAGGAGAGCAAAAAGAGAAAGUCCGUUGGGCCGGAUAUUUUGGAAGAAAUUUUGUUCCACGAAAGUCCAUCUGCUGGCUCGGUGCAGGAGAAGCACAACAGAAGGAUGCUGGAGCUUUUGAACACAGAAACAACCAAAGUGCUGCAGCAGCUGCCAACUGUAGGACCAAAAACCGGCUACGUCAUUUACAGUUAUAGGCAAUUUCAUGGAAACUACACCAGCUUCGAUGACCUGAAAAACAUACCUGGGCUUUCUGCAAACUUCCUCAAGCGUUUCCUGAAAGCCAAUAAUAUCAAGGUAGGUCUCGCUGACUCAUAAGUUUUUUCGAAAACUUUUGUACAAUUUGUAUAAAAUACCUUAUGUAUAAAAUCGUACAAAUUCGGUUUAAAACUUAAGAGUGAAUGAUAUUCAUUCACUAAAGUAAUAUUAAAAGUGUGACACUUUUUUUAA